AAUUUUUGUUGACUGAAUAAGAAAAGAAAAAAGGAAUGCACGAGUUUCGAAUAGUUCUUAUUUUGGUGGUUGCUGGUUUCGUGACGACUCACGCGGCAGAGGGCGAGACAGAGUACUCUUCUACGAUACCUAAAUAUGUAAACUUGCUUUUCCUGUCUACAACUGUUUUGGUUGCCAGCCUCAUCCGCAUAAUCGUCCUUAAAUUUAACAUUCCGAUUCCGUUUGCUGCCUUUGCGAUCUUAUUCGGCCUCCUGUGGGGCACCAUCGCGUACCACAAUCAAUUCGCUCGACGGGUUUCUGCAGUCGUCUACAUGGACCCCGACGACAUUCUCUACGUAUACACUCCGACUUUGAUUUUCUAUAUCGCCUUUAGCGUAGACACUGGGAUAAUGGAAAAAAUUUUACCACAGAUCCUUGUGAUAGGAUUUCCUGUUACUUUGAUUACGGGCGUCACCUAUGGAUAUCUAAUGAGGCUAAUAAUCAACAUGGACUGGACGACAAGAGGUGGGAUCCUCUUCGGGAUAUUGUGCAGUCCAGUUUAUCCUAUGGCUAUAAUAGAUUUGCUCAAGAAACACCCGCAGACCAAACAAUCGAGCGUUCUGUUGGGAGCAGAAGGUCUUUUCGGUUUGAUCAUGGCGGAUAUAGCAUACACCAUAAUAGUAGGCAACCAAGGAGAAUUCGUGGUGUACUGGUAUCAAUUCUUUUCGAUAACCCUGCGGUUCUUAUUGAUUGGUAUUUUAUUUGGCUAUGUCAUAGGGCUCUUCGGGCGCUAUCUCUUCCGAACGAUGUACACGAACCGACUAAGCGUCUUUAUUAUCAGCUUUGCAUUACCAUUUGUCACGUACUCGAUUUCUAACCAAUACUUUUCCUGUCGCGGAAGCGUUUCCGUGGCAGUGCUCGGAUUUAUGAUGAGCACGGAACGUACGGCAUUGUCUAGAGAAAUUGACGCGUUCUUGAAUGACUUCUGGACCAUGACGAGUUUUAUUUUGGAGAUUAUAUUUACCGUUACUUGUUCCGUACAUAUGGCGAUGAAUGUUGCGUCAUAUUUCUCAUGGUCCAGUUACAUCCUCGUUGUAGUCUCUUACAUACUAUACUAUAUGGUACGGUUCGUGUGUUUCUUGUUGUUUUCUCCACUGACAAGUCGACUGGGGUACGGAAUCGAUUUGAAGAGCCUCAUGAUAUGCGUCUGGUGCGGCAUCAAAUGCCCGUUCAGCGUAAUUUUGACACAGGUGUUCAUGAAGUAUGAUUUACAAGUGUAUAGAAAUAGGGAGCGGUACUUUUACAUAAUGGGGAUUUACAUCCUGUCGAUCUUCGUUAACGGGACGUUUACUAGAACCUUAAUGGAUUUUUUUAAUCUAAGAAAAAUCUCCUUAGCCAGACAGAUAAACAUGAAUAACUGCAUAAAACAUAUCUUUACGAAAAGGGAAAGGACGAUCGCUAUUUUAAAAAUGGACCGAUUCUUGGUCGAUACCGAUUGGCCGCUGGUUAUCACAGCCACCAAUGUGAAGCAUCCGUACCAUAUAGAUCUGAGUGAAGACGAAGACGCUUUCGCUUUCCGCAAUGAGUAUACUACAUGCCCCGAUUGUCAUAAGGACAUACAGCAAGAACCUAGUCCCAGAGAACUCAAGGAAAUGACCAGAGAAGCCAACCUGAGGGUCCUCAAAGCCAAAAAAAUGUCCUAUUCGCGUCAAUUCGAAAAUGGGAUGAUGUCCGGCGAAGCUAUCCGAAUUCUAACACAGGCGGUUGAUUUGGCUGCCGAUUCGGAGAAAGGGAUUAUCGAACUCGAGGGUUUAGUGAAACGCUUCACCACUCAAGGCCCCUUUACAAAACGUAUACGUAGCCGCGUACAGGACCUGAACAAGAAUAAGAAGGCGUCGGUAAGACAGCCCCGGAAAUAUUUGAGACGAGUUUGUCAUAAUAUCGUCGUCAAUAAAACGUGGGAAAAGGCCAUGUGCUACGUGAUCAUGUGUGAUGUGAUCAUGUUGGCAGUGGGCUUGAUUUACGUCGAAGGGUUUCUACGAGGUCAGUGGCAGACCGAGACCGAUCUUUUACGUCUUGUUAUCGGAUUUUUUUUCACUGCUAUAUAUAUCCUAGAGUUUGUCAUGAAAAUAUUGGCUUACUCCUGGGUUUACAUAUGGAGACAUGGCAUUCGAACAUACUUCAAGUCCUUUUGGAACAUUCUAGAUUUUAUCGUAAUAAUUGUUUAUAUUAUUCACCUGUGGUACUCCUUGCAAGUAAUACAAAUAGUUUCGUUAAGCCCACAACAAGAACAAAUACGUUUUAUAAUCUCUUUGGCGCUAUGGUUGCGAGCCAUUAGACUUUUACGUCUCUUUGAAAUAUUUUAUCCCGCUUUGAUUAAAUAUUUAGACAGUCAUUUUGAUUCAAAAGUAGCCUUUACGUACGAGUUGGGUAAAAGUUACACCAUUGGCGAAACGGAAGUUUUGGAUUUGUUACCAUACAUGAUCGACAACAAAAACAUACGAGACGGAAUAAAGAAAAAAAUAGAGGCAGACAGAGUGGUUAUUACGAAAUUACUGGGUAUAGUUCAGAAAGAAAAACCAUGGGUGGCGAUAACGGUGAAGACAAAGCAAGCUAUCCGAACUAUCCUCAAGAGCAUGGUGGAAGCGAAUAAUCAACUGAAGAUUUCAGGAUGGGUUGACGAUUACGAACAAGAAAAACUGGAAAUCGAGAUGACUCAUUUAUAUAAGAAGGUGAACGCUCUCCAAACAGUCCAACCCAGCGCGCCCAAGGUGAUUUUCAGGGAGGUCACAUGGAUGACGGGAGAGGAAGACGUCAUCGAUUUUUUGUUCGAGAACGUUACUGUGAAGACGUUCGAGCCAGGAGAUGUUGCAUUCGGAGAAGGAACUGUUGCCGACGGUAUCUACAUCGUCGUUACAGGCCUCUUCCUGAUCAAAUACGUGCCACAGAAGAGCACCAUCGACAGUCUCCACGAAUACGGAAUACUUCCCAUCGUAGACUACCUCAGCAGUACCAAGUAUGAAGAAGCUUCCCUCGAUUACAUCGUCUCGGGAAACUGCAUCGGAGAACUGAGUACGCUAACAAGAAGGUCCUACAACUGUACGAUCACGGCGGACACGCACAGCCAGGUCUAUGUUCUCAGUUACAACGUACUGACACGCGCGAUGGAGCUGAGUCCCGACCUCGUCGCUGGAUUGGAAUGCAGAAUAUGGAAGGAAGUCAGUAUACGGAUCGCUGUGCCGCUUCUAUUAUCCGUUCCGACCUACCAGAACUAUUCGCAAGACGAAAUCAAGUAUACACUCGAACGGGCGUUCGUUCCAAAUUUGGCGGACUAUAAAAUUUUUACUGUUACCGAAAUGAUACAAGACAUCAUUUUGAUCGAAGGAGUGGUCGCCGAUUUUAAUACGAGGGAUUUUUUCGUAGCACCGUGCUGCAUUCCAAGGAGAGUGCAAAAACUCAUUUUGCCCACUAGCAGUCUCAUGAAUAUUCCAAUUUAUUUGGAAACUAAGCUUCUCAUUGUCCCCGAAAAAGAUUUGGACGAGUACGACGUGAUGGCAACCGCUGAAGAAACCGGUGAAAUGGUCGCCAUGGGGUCGGCUACUAAAUGUUUGCACCAUAUGAUUCAAGAGCGCGCCAAACAACGAAAACGGAUGAAACUGAUGCAAACUCCUGCAAAAAAAACGACACAACAAAAGAAGAGUGGGUUUGAGGAAAUGCCUGCUGAGGAGACCAGUACAUUGCAUUCCACAAGCACGUUGCCGGAAUCUUCGAUCACUCAAAUGUUUGGAAAAGACAAGAAGAACACUAGUUCGGAUCGCCGAUCUUCAGAGACUAAGCUGUAGUCGUUUGCUUUAUUCUGCUACAGUGAAACCUUCAAGCGACCACUUUUCUGCAAUAUUCAAG